GUAAAAUGCGUAGUGAAUAGUGAUAAUAUAAUCUGGUUAUCUUUUUUUUAAAAAGGUAUUAAAUAGUGAAUUUAAUAUUUAUCAUUAAUAAUGUUAUCCGUGCAAAUUGUUUAUUUCUUGUUUUUCAAAUUCACAUCAACCACUACAUUUUAUCUAAUAUAAAUGUUAAAUACUAUUGCAAAUUCAAAUUUAAACGUGUUUUAAUCACAAUUUUUCUUCAAUAUGUCGGGAGUACAGAAAGAUAUUGAUUCCAGCUCCAAUAUUUGUGUUCUGGUAUCAGAAAGUAAUCCAGAAUUGAAGUUUUUCCUCUUAGAUAAGGAACCAUUUUUGUUGGGCAGAACACUGCAAACUGGAAUUGUAGAUCAAAGAUUGUCUAAAACUCAAAGUACAUAAAAAAUUCAGAUAAUAUAUUAUAUUGAUAAAUUGUUUGUAAUAUCUGUAAAAACUAAGGGAUGUUAUUAGUAGAAGUCCCUUUAUGUGUUUUUGUCCUAACGUUAUAGGUAGUAGAUAUAAUAAUGAUACUAUAAUGAUAUAUGUAUCAAAAUAAGUUCUAUAGUAUACAAAUUUGUUUAAUGAAUAUGUUUAAUCAAUUAAAUUAUAAAGUAUUAUGUUAAACUUUGAGUGAAGCGUUUGUAAUUUUUGGUUUAUAAAUAUAUUUUAUUUUUUGUUUAUUACACAAAAAAAAUAUUAUUUGAUCAUUUUGACCAGUUAAAUGAGCUCCACUCAAAAUUGUUUUUAGUCAUAUUUAAUAUGUUUAAAAUCACUAAUUUUAUUUUAUUUAUUUCUAUAGUGAAAUUUGAAGCAGAUUAUUCUGUAGGUCAUGUAUUAGUUGAGCAACUGGGUAAUAAUAAGUCAGCUAUUAAUAAUCAGUCUAUGAUAAAAGGAGAAAAGCGAAUUUUAUACCAUGGAGACAAAGUAUCAUUGCUAUUCAACAGUAAUUACACAUAUAUUUUGAAUUUCAUAACCACUCCUAGUUAUGGUGUAUCACCUAAUAAAAGACCAACAGAGAAUUUGAAUCAAAAAAUUGCAUGCAAAAAAAUCCGCCCUUGUGAAAAUAAAUGGGAAAAAUGGAAUUCAUUGAUGGUAUAUAAUAGUCAAGACCUUGUUCAUAAAGAAAAGGUGAAUGCUAUUAAAUAUAUUAAAAUUUCAAGUUUUUAUUAUAAAUUGUUAAUAAGUGUAUUUAUAUUUUUAAGAUAGCAGCUUUUGAUUUGGAUGGGACAUUAAUUGUUACCAAAUCCGGUAAAACAUUUCCCUGUGAUAAUGACGACUGGAAAAUAAAUUUUAAGGAAGUCAUUUCAACUGUUAUAAAAUUAUCACUUGAAGGUUAUAAAAUUGUGAUAUUCACAAAUCAAAAAGCUAUCGGAUGUAAUUCGUCUAAUGCAAUGCCAUUUCGUAAAAAAGUUGAAAAUAUUAUUGGAAUGUUCAAUACACCUAUACAAGUAUUUGUGUCUAUUCAUGAUGAUAUAUACAGAAAACCUGCACCAGGAAUGUGGAAUGCUUUGGCCUCUGAGGUAAUGUAUUUUAUUGUAUACAAAUAGAUUUAUCAUAUAACUAUAAAAAAAAAAUAGUAAUAAUAUACUUACUUAAAUUUUAGUUUAAUGGAGACAAACUAAUUAAUUUGAAUGAAAGUUUUUACUGUGGGGAUGGUGCAGGGCGACCUGCUCGUGUCAGUAAUAGUGGUAAACAAAUUAAAAAAGAUCAUUCAAUUUGUGACCGUUUAUUUGCCAUGAAUGUGGGUAUUAAUUUUUUUACUCCUGAAGAAUUUUUUUUGAAAGCCCCUACAGAAGAAUUUAAACUACCUGUGUUUAAUCCAAAGAACGUUAUGAGUAAUAUCAAAGAUAUAGAUUCCAAAUCAAAAUUGUUUAAAGCUUUUAAAGAAGUAAUUUUUAAAGCUCUUUAUUUCUUAGUGGAACACUUAGUUUAACACUUAAUUCAUUAUUUAAUAGAUGAUUAUUAUGGUUGGUUGUCCUGGAUCAGGGAAAAGUCAUUUUGUAUCCAAUAAACUAGCAUGUCAUGGAAGUAUAAAAAUAAUUAGUAGAGACGUAUUGGGCUCAGCGCAAAAGUGUAUAAAUGAAGCAAAAAAAUACUUAGAAACUUCUACUUCAUUGAGUGUAGUAAUUGACAAUACAAAUCCAGAUAAACUAUCAAGAAAACGUUUUAUAGAUAUUGCUAAAAGUUUGAAAAUCCCGUGUCGAAUAUUUAUAAUGAAUGUCAAAAAAGAACAUGCAAUGCAUAACAAUAGGGUAAGUGAAUAACUUUUUGUUUUGCAAUUUACAUUACUUUAGUACAAUUAUUUAAAUUAACAGAGCAAGUGCAGUUUACAAGUAUGUUCAUUUUUUAAGGGGGUCUUUUAGACCCCCUUAAAAUAAAAAAAUAAAAGACUCAUCACUGUUGGUGAGAAGUUGGGAUUGUAGGAAUAGAGGGGAAUUUAUUUAUAUAUGUAAGCAACGAUAAACUAUUGCUACAAAGAACUAUUUGGGACAAAGAUUGGUAUGCAUGUUUUGAUAUUUAUGAUUUUAAUAUCAAAUAAAAAUUUGAUGUUAAAACUUAUAGAACAAAAAAAUGCUACAUUAACUCAAUUUUUUUUUUUAUCACAAAGUACAACUUGUAAUGAACCUCCUAUUAAAUAUUCAAGCAUUUCUGUUUAAUCUUACAAUUAUUUUGUAAAAUAAAAAUUUCUAUAAACAACUGAAAAAUUACUCAAAUGUUUUUACAAUUUUAGCAAAUCUAGAAAAGACAAGCAUACGUUUUUUGUCAAAAUUGGAAAUGAUAAAUUUCAUACAUUUUCUAAUUAUUAAAAAAACUACAGUGAAAUCAACGACUUUCUUACUCACCAACUAAAUUAAAAAUGCAAAAGUUGAACCUACCCCCUUCUAAAGCUUAACUCAUUGAAAUUGGUGGUUUAGCAAUCAGUGAGUUAAUUUCGGUUUAAACCAUGGAUAGUCAAUUAUAAUACCGUCUUUUACAUUUAACCUAGGUUUAAACUCAUAAUCAAGUUUAAAUCACUAUUGUAUUACGGGCCCUUAAACUAUAAAAAAAAAUGUGCAAAUUAUUUUUGAUGAUAAAUCAAAAAACUUUUGUGUAAACCAUUUUCCACUAUCUAUUUUAAAUAUUUAUAUGGUAAAUGGCUGUAAUCCAAAUUUUGAACUACAUUGUGUACUAUUAAUUCUUUAUCCAAUGGAAUGAAAUUUUUGCAUUCACAUUCUAAGAUAUAUUAAAUACACACAUCAUACUUUCAAAAUUAAAUGUAUUUAUUUACAAACACUGGCACCCUACCUAUAGAAAGAUGGUCCUUAUUUUUUAACUUAAAUAAAUUUGUGUCGCCGACUCAGAAUUUUGUUAGGUACAUUGUAAAAAUAAUUUUUGUCAAUUCAAGGUAUGAUAAGUCAACCCCUUAACGUGCCUCAAAGAUGUUUAAAAUUUCUAAAAAGCGGUUUUUGUUUUUAUUUUUUUUAAAUUUUUAACAUCCUUUUGUAGAACUUACCUCUUGAACAUUACUAUUGAAUUUUAAUUGAUUUACAUUAAUUUUACAGUUUCGAGAAUUAACUGAGAAAAAACGUCUGGCUGAAAUCAUAAUACAUACAUAUUUGUGAGUAUUGAACAUAGAUAAAAUAUUUCAUACAUAUACAUAUUUAUAAAAAUAUAUAGAUAUAAUUUAAGUACUAUUUUAAAGUAAUUUGGUUUUCAAUUUGUUUUAUAUAACAUGCAUGGAUUUGUAUAUUUAGGAGAAAAUCUGUAUUAAAUUAAUAAUUGAGAAAUGGUAAGUAGUACUGAAAAGAUAAGGACUUAGGAUAAGUCAAAGUAAAACACAGUGUAUAGAGUAUAAGUUUGGAGGAACAGGAUUAGGUAGCUAAUAACCAUUAGUGGUGCCAUAUAGGUUAUAUAUAACCUCUGAUAAGUAUGUGAAACAUAGGUUUAAGUGUUAGAUAAAUUGGAGAGAAGUGUUAGGUAUUUUAUGUGAUAAGAGGAUUCUAAUGAAACUUAAAAACAAAUUUUACGAAAGUGUGGUUAGACCAACUAUGUUUUAUGGUUUGAAGUGUUGAGUAUUAAACUGAAAAAUAUAAUUAAGAAUGAGUGUAGCAGAGAUGAGAAUAUUUAGGGUUUAGGUGGAUGAGUAGAGUGAUGAGUGAAGUAUAGGAUAAGGAAUAAGUACAUUAGAAGUAGUUUUAGUGUGGCUUCAAUAAUGAACAAAAUAUGUGAAAAUGGAAUGAGAUAAUUUGACAUGUCAUGCGGAGGGGAAUCAGAAGCAAUACAAAUUGUAAUAAAAAAGGAUAUUGGAGAAAAGAGGGGGAAGGAAGACUGAAAAAAGGAGAUUGGGUGUAAUUGAGAAUAAUAUGAGAAUGAUGGGUGUACGGCAAUGUGAAGAGGCGUUCUGGGAGAUCAGAUCAAGUAGAUUUUUAGGAUGAGGGUGGCUGAUUCCAAAUAGUUGGGAUGAAAACACUAAGGAGAUAUAUUUGUAGAUUUAGUUUUGUAGCUCGCCAGUUAUGCUCCUAUUAAUAUUGUAUUUUUCGUUAGUAAUGAAAAUUAUCUGUCUUAAAUUUUAAAUUAAUGUGUACGGUUUUUGUUUUAGUACAAAAUUUGAAGAACCAUCGUUAAGUGAAGGUGUUGAUGAAAUAGUUCGAAUCAAUUUUGUUCCUCACUUUAAGAAUUCUAAAACAGAAGCGCUUUAUAAAAUGUACUUGAUUUAAAUUAUUUUAAAAUGGAAAAAUGUAUGGGUAAUAAAAUGUCUCAAACAAUUUUACUUAAUACAUAUUCAUAAAUAAUUCCUAUUAAUUAAUUCAAAGUCUUAUCACAAUGUUAUAAUUAUUUAUUUUAUAAACAAAUACUGAAAGUUUUUUCAUACCUAAUUAUAUAAAAUUACUUUUUCAAAUUGAACAAUUUUAAGUAAAAAUUAUAUUUAAAUUGAUAUUAAUUUAUAAUUAGACUAUAAUUCUAAAAAAGAAAAAAUUGUAGACUUCACAUGAAAACUGUAACAUUUUAUUUUGUUUAAGAUUGUAAAAUAUAUCAAAUUCAUUACUUUUUUUUUUUUUAAUCAUUGAUACUUUCAAACUUGUACUAUUAUUAUGUUAAAAUGUACAGGGAGGCAGAACAAAAAUUAUCAUAUUUGAGAUAAGUGUAUCUUAGGGAGGGCGUGUAGCACAAUAUUGCUGAAUGUCCUAUUGUGUAUUAUGUGACAGAAAGUUUAUUCGCGAUGGCACAUAAGUGUAUCCAACAUGAUCACUAUAAAAAUGUUUUUCCAUAAUAAUGGGUCAAUCAUGAAUAUUUAGAAUUUCGCAUUGGAGUCUUAUUGGGGUCACAUAACCAAUUGAUCGAUAGUUGGGAACAAUUGAACGUAGAGAGACCGAAUCACGAGCUACAAUUGACUCAUUGUUAAGGAAAAAUGUUUCUUAUGGUGGUUUUUUUUUGCUUCGUC